AUGCAAGCCUUGCUGGAAGAAAAUAUGGGAGCAUCCUGCUACCUAGUCACCGGUGGUACUUGGGCUGGAAAAUCGUCUUUCAUCAAGUGUGUAACCAGCGAGGAGGUCUAUGUUGGAUCUACCCUCGAUUCAGGAACAAAGUCAUUCGCUCUUGUUCCGGCCAUCAUUAAACAAAAACGCUGCAUGUUCCUUGACAUGCCUGGAUUCAACACGGAUGACCUGAAUGACUGGGACACCUUCUUCAGACUCAUGACCGCUAUGGCCGUGAUAAAAAGGUAUGUCGUGUUUCGUGGCGUGCUAUACGUGGACCCUAUGGACGACCCGCGCUCUUCACCUGCUACAAGAAAGAUUCUCACCUGGCUCUCUCGCUUCUGUGGGACUGAUUACAUGCGCAAUGUUACCAUUGUCACCACGAAGUGGGAUCUUCUGAACGCAGAUGGGAUUGAGCAGAGGCUUGAGCUUGUGAAAUAUUGGAAAGCCCAUCCGUUAUACAAUGAUUUUGUCAACAACGGAUCCGUUGUGUACCACCAUGGGCUUGUGCAGGAGAACAAAAAGAACACAACAUUGAGCGAGAAAACACAAGACGCGGAUAGAAGGUUGCGAGCGGAAAACAUGAUUGCAGAGCAAUACCGCGGCCCCACAACCCUUAAACUUCAGGUUGAUCUUGAGAUUGAGAAUGGGGCAUCUAUCCACAGCACGGAAGCCGGAAGAUAG